CCGCGCGAAGGCGCGCGGGGCUGAGCUCCGCUCCGCGCUGCCCCGCCGCGCUGCAGCCCGGUCCCGGCGGGGCGGCCGGCGGCGUGUGCGGGUGUGCCAGCCCCUGCCAGCCCCUGCCAGCCCCGGGACGAUGUCGGGCAGAAGCCGAGCGGUGCUCUCGGUGCUGCUGCUGCUGCUGCUCGGUGCGCUGGGGGUCGCACAGGCGGCGGGGGAUGCCUCGUGCCGCCCGGUGCGCGCCGCCUUCCAGGUGCUGCAGCCCGGAGCCAAGUGGGUGCCCGAGAGCCCCGUGCCAGGAUCAGAUCUGCAAGUAUGUAUCCCAAAGGGCUCCACGUGCUGCUCGAGGAAGAUGGAAGAGAAGUACCAGGCAGCAGCCCGUCUGAACAUGGAGCAGCUCCUGCAGUCUGCCAGCAUGGAGCUGAAGUUCCUUGUCAUCCAGAAUGCUGCCGUCUUCCAAGAAGCCUUUGAAAUUGUAGUGCGGCAUGCGAGAAACUUCACCAACAGCAUGUUUAGGAACCACUACCAGAGCAUGGGGACCAGAGCUCUUAAGUUUGUUGGAGAACUUUUUACUGAUGUCUCACUGUACAUACUGGGCUCUGACAUCAGUGUCAAUGACAUGAUAAAUGAAUUUUUUGACAGUUUAUUCCCCUUGGUCUACUCUCAUUUGAUUAAUCCUGGCUUCCCCGAUCCCUCCGUAGAAAUGACUGAAUGCCUGCGGGCAGCCAGGAGAGACCUCAAAGCCUUUGGUAACUACCCUAAGAUGAUGAUGACGCAGGUGUCGAAGUCACUGCAAGCCACGCGAGUCUUUUUGCAGGCACUCAACCUGGGGAUCGAGGUUAUAAACACUACUGACCACUUGAAAUUCAGCAAGGACUGUGGACGAGCGCUGCUGAAGAUGUGGUACUGCUCGCAUUGCCAGGGGCUCCUCAUGGCCAAGCCCUGUGUUGGAUACUGUGGCGCAGUGAUGCACGGAUGCUUGGCGGGCGUCGUAGAGAUUGACCACCACUGGCGAGAGUACAUCAGCUCUCUGGAGGGGCUGACCAAAGGCAUGCACGGCAUCUAUGACAUGGAGCAUGUCCUCCUGAACCUCUUCUCCCUGGUGCGGGACGCAGUCGUCUACGUGCAGAAGAACGAAGGAAAACUCUCAACAACUAUUAGCCGGUUGUGUGGCCACGCUCAGCAGAGGCAGUAUCGAUCAGCUAAUUACCCCGAAGACCUCUUUAUUGACAAGAAAGUCCUGAAGGUGACUCACAUAGAGCCAGAGGAGACUCUGUCAAGCAGGAGGAGGGAACUCAUUAUGAAGCUGAAGUCUCACAGCAAUUUUUACAGCAGCUUGCCAGAAUACAUCUGCACCCACAGCUCCGCUGUUCAGAACGACACUUUUUGCUGGAACGGACAAGAAGUCGUGGAGAGAUACAGCCCCCAAAUCACAAGGAACGGAGUAAAAGCUCACCCUGGCAACCAUGAGGUGAAGAUGAAAAGUCCCGAGCCAGUGAUCAGCCAGAUUAUUGACAAGCUGAAACACAUCAACCAGCUGCUCAAAGGGAUGGCUCUGCCCCGCCAAAAAGCCAUGAGCAAAACCACGGAGGAGGAGGAGGAGAGCGGAGACUGCGAUGAUGAAGAUGACUGCAGCAGAGGCUCUGGGGAUGGAGAGCUGCGAGUGAGGAACCAGCUCCGGUUCUUAGCAGAGCUGGCAUACGACCUGGACAUCGAUGACACCUCUGCCAACAAGCAGCUACUGAAUCAGCAAAGCAAAGACGGUGCCGUGGUUCCCAGCAGUGACCCCGGCAGUGCAGCCCCGCGCCCUGGCCCCGCUGCUGCUGUUGCCCUGGCCCUGCUGCUGCUGGGCUGCUGGCCCUGAGCGGUGCCAGCAGUGGCACUCGGUGCCUUUCCGUCCUUGUUUGUUCAGUGAGGAAAACGUUCUGAACCUCUCCUGGAAUAUAUGCACAUUGCCAAAGACAGGGCAAAUGACUUGAGUCAGUUUUAUAAAAUAAUAUGGUAUCUUCACACCUUCCCUCCUCUUUCUCCCCUCCCAAAAAAAGCGUUUGUUGAUGGUAAACUAGUAAAUACAUAACAGUGCUUUUUAAAGAUAAUCCUGUUUAAUAUAAGAAGGUUGAUAUUAAAUUGUUCCUAGCAGUUUUUGAAGACUGAGGUCUGCCUUGCUGUUAAAUUGAAGAGCAUAUUUCAUCUUGAGUUGUUUGAAUGUGCAUGGGGUAAAGAAUACUUACGAUUUAUGAAAUACUCUCAGCAAAUAUCAGACCCCUGUUCCCAGCUGACUUAAUACAGAUUUUUUUUCUGUA